AGUGCUCUCAUUCUCAGCGAGUGUCAGGACGGAGCCUGAGCCGACUGUCUGGAUCACAUGUCUUCUUCUUGUCGGAGCAGGAGGCUUCGUUUUCUGCGCGUGGAGCUCCACGCUCGCCGUGAGCAGAGUGACUGACUUUUAACUAUACAAUGAAUCCUUCUGUGUACAUUGUGCAAACACUAACGCCGUCUGCAUGUGAUCCUUUGCAGCCAAAUGGCGAGGCUUUGCUGCUGCUGCUGCUGCUGCUGCCUCCGUCGCCGGCGCCUACGAAACGUGUUGAUCUGUCUGUGCAGCCCCUGCAUCUGCCUGGCCCUGUUCGUGGUUUAUGUUGGUGUGGUGGUGUAUAUAAGGACACAGCAGUUCAUAUCGUCUGGGGCUUUGAUGGAAGGAAGUGUGCAUAUAAUACAUUUUGUGGCCCCAGGAUCUUUAAGGAACGCAAACUUUGCCCCUCUGCCACAAAGCUUCUGGACCCUCGACCCGGCCCAAGGUGCCAUUUGGAAUCACCUGCAGUUACCCAUCGACCGCUACUUCAGCCCCAUACUGCACCCCAAACAACACAAACAGCCCGACAGCGAUAGCUCGGAAGUCCUACUGAAACAGAGUUUCUCUGCUGUCACCAACACGGACAGUCUGAGGAAGAACUUUAAACAAUUCCCGCAGCAGAUACAGGACUUUGUGAACCACAUGGAUAAACGAGACUAUCCAAACCUCAUCCAGCCAGAUGGGGUGUGUGGAGCAGGGGCAAGUGAUGAGACCGGCCCCCCUCUCCUUCUUCUGGCCAUCAAGACAACGGAGCUGAACUUUAGGAACCGGCAGGCCAUUCGUCAGACCUGGGGCCGGGCAGGCUGGGUCGCAGGACACAGGAGCAGCAGCGGGGGCUACGUCCGCAGGGUGUUCCUGCUGGGCAAAGGGAACCCCCAGGACCAGGGUGUGGACUCAUCAGAGUUACUGGAGCUAGAGAGCAAACACUAUGGAGACAUCCUUCAGUGGGACUUCAGAGACACUUUCUUCAACCUCACCUUGAAGGACAUCCACUUCUGGAGGUGGUUCUCGCUUCACUGCGGUCAGACUCAGUUUGUCUUCAAAGGAGACGAUGACGUCUUCGUCAACACCCCAAAAAUGCUAAGUUACCUCCAGGACCAGCUGAGGAAACCGGACGCCAACAAGGUCAUGGAGAACUUUAUGGUUGGAGAUGUCAUUGGUGCAGCCAUGCCAAGCCGAGCCAACAUGUCCAAGUACUUUAUCCCCGACACCUUCUUUAAGGGUCUGUAUCCUGCGUACGCGGGUGGAGGAGGGGUGGUGUACUCGGGCCCCUUGACCAAGCGCCUGCAUGACGUGUCCCAAAGGGUUCAUCUGUUCCCCAUCGACGACGUCUAUGUGGGGAUGCUAAUGGUCCGGCUCAACACCUCCCCCGUCCACCACCCCGCCUUCCUCACCUUUGGCUUCUCUGAGAAGGAGGAGAAGGAGCCGUGUUCGUACCACACCAUCCUGCUGGUGCACAAACGCAGCCCCAGCCAGGUGCUUCGGCUGUGGGACGACAUGAGGAAGACGCGGGACCAGUGUCGGAACGUGACGCUGAGGAAAGACACACAAGUUGUGACACAAAAAUUGGUUUAAAACCUAGUACAGUAACUGUACUAGUGUCUGUAACAAUGUGAAAUAAUUACAAUUAGUUGUCUUUUACGUAAAACUGUAUUUUUGUUAAGUCUUUGUUAUUUAUUAUACUAAGAAUAUAAUAAUAUAAUGUAAGCAGGUAAGACAACUAUGUAAUAAUAUAGUGUAACACUGUUCUGUUCUGUCUGUGUUCACUCCUUGUCUCUGCUGGUCUCGAUGUUCCUGCCUGUGCUGUCUGUGUCUUACGUCAUUAUUUCGAUCACAUGCACCUCUGUCCUGUGUAUUUAAGGUUCCCUCCCUCAUGAUUCAGUGUCACUUAGUCAUACGUCAUAUAUGUUAUGUGGCAGACGCACUGUCAUGGUUUGUGCUGUUUUAUGUUUUGUUAUUAUAUUUUGUUAUAUGUUCUACACCUGUCUGUAGUAGUUCAUUUACUCCUUCUGCUUAGCAGUGAUUUAAAGUCCCAGUCUUUACAUUGUGUUGGGAGCUUUGUCCUACUUUGCAAUAACUUUCAGUUAAAUAUUCUUUGUAUGUCUCUUGUGGUUUGUGUCAUUAAAUCAUUUAUGUUAAAUCAUUCAAGCCUAUUGUCAA